AUGUCUUCAUUACCGCAGCAAUGCGGGAGCGCCGAGCUUGGUGAGGCAAGCUACGGUAUAGAUAAUCUAUGUGCGACAUGUUCAUCAGCAUUUGCCAAUGCUUUGGAUUCUUACGAUACGUGGAGGAAAAUGCUCCGCGAAUGCGAUGAGUCCUAUGUUCUUGUUUGCGACCAUCUGGCAGAGGGUUCAGUCAGGCACCAUGAGUCCUUCCAUCUUUUAAGCCAGGCUGCAAAAGCCGGUUGUCACCUUUGCAAUCUCAUAGAACUAUAUUGUGCUGCAUCCCCUAUCGAUCCAGACCUGCCUGUCAUGCUCAAGUUUGACAUCAGAGACACGACCGAUCGGAGAUGUGUCUUUGAUGUUACCGCCAACAAGGAAUACACUGAAAUUCGGCUAGGUUUAAAAGAUGACAAGGAUGCACUAGCACAGCCUGCUGGGACAUAUUGCCAUCUCGCCGGCGGGAUCCCCGACGCGAUAUUCGACAUGCUUGGGAACUGGCUGCGGCAAUGCCAGGCUGACCAUCGAGAAUGCCGUCAUGAUUCCACAACACAUAUACCUACCAGGCUAGUCGACGUAGGUACGCUUGAAUCAAGUACAGUUCGUCUCAUAGAGACCAAACAUGGAUUUCAGGCACCGUACCUCACACUAAGUCACUGUUGGGGCCGGAAUGUCAACAUAUUCCGUAGGACUACUGGAGGAAAUCUGGAGAUCCUCUCCAAGAACUUGCCACGUACGUUCAGAGAUGCUAUUACGGUCACUAGGAAACUGGGCUUUACUUACCUCUGGAUUGACUCGCUCUGCAUUAUCCAGGGCGAUAAAGUUGACUGGGAACGUGAAAGCUCCAACAUGGCAAGCAUCUAUUCAAAAGGCAUCUUGAAUCUUGCAGCGAGCUACUCCCCAGACAGCCAUGGAGGGAAGAUCAUCUGGGAAUGCCGCGAACUAUCGGCUACAGAAUCAAUCUACUGUCGUCCACCCGAGCAAUCUCAACAGUUUAGGGGGGAAGUUGCCUCGUCGCCUGAGACAGUUCCAGUAACGCGAAACGGCCCUAAGAACUUUUUAAGAGCUGAGCGAGACAAGUCAGGCGACCAGGAAACGACUUCAGAGAUAGCGAGUGGUUCAAAGUCCAACCAAAAGCCUCAAAAACAACUGUAUAGCCAAUGGUACGACAUGGUCACACAGUAUAGCCAAAAACACUUAACCAGACCGGAGGAUCGGCUGCCGGCUAUUUGGGCGCUGGCGCAGAAGUUUAAAGACAUAACAGGUGACGAAUACUUUUCCGGACUCUGGAAAGACGAUAUCCUCACUGGCCUCCUUUUCAAGAGAUUCCAGCCGCUACCUGAAUGUCGCACCAAACAAAGCCGCCUUGGCCCAUCGUGGUCUUGGGCGACCACAGAAUGCCAAGUCGAGUUUCAACGUGCUAAUUCACCCCUGUCAAGCUCUUUGGAGGAUAUGGACCGGCUUCCAGAUGCAUCCUUACAAAGUUUUGUCAUUAAUCCAAGUGAGCCUGCGGCUCUAUCCAUGGGCCGCACGUGUCGAGCGGAGCUGGAAAUCCAGACCCUGGCAAGAAAGGUGGUAGGUACGCGCUACAAUUGGAAUCCAUCACCCGGAGAAAGAGUUGCUGAGGUGAUGGGGAUCAACACUCUUUGGAGUGGUCACCGCCUUCCUUCAAAUAUAUGGAGGAGAUACGAAGAGCUAAGUAAGGAGUAUGACGUCUUUGAUUUCAAGAUACCCCGCCCCUUGAGAUUUAAGGAAGCAUGGAUCAGAGAGGCAGUAUCCCAUGACGGCAGCUACCUCGGGCCCUCAUUUUCAUUUACGCAAACUAAUUGUUACUUUGGGUGGGCCGGAGCGCAGUUCAUCGAAGAGAAACGCUGGGAGAAGAGAAACAAAUCCGGUCGAAGCCGUGGAUACGAUAAAAUUCUCCUUUGUGGCUAUUUCCACCUCGACUUUGAUACUAAAGAGUUGGCAGACACUUAUCAGGGAAAGCCUGUACUUUGCUUGCACAUCAAGAGAACGUAUGGGCUAUUAGUAGAGCUUGAUGGUAGCUCACAGAUGUACCGUAGGGUGGGUAUUUAUGAACAAGCGGAAUGGGACUAUGAAACAGAUGCCUGGGAAGCCAUGAUAGUCACUCUCGUAUAG